AGACCCCGGCAACUCUAUCAAAAUGAACAAAAUUCGAUAGAAAGAAUACUUUUUGUAGAGGAAAUAGAGAGCAUCAAGAACACCCUGUAUAAAUCCUGGCAAAUAAGGCAAAGAAAAGUGGAAGAAACAUUGGCAACACAGUAAAGGAUACAUAAGGCAGUACCGAUGCAAAGGCUAUAAUACUCCCGACGACAAGUUACAGCCUCUCUUGGCGAGCAGCUCUCCUGUCUCCCAGCGGCGGCUCGCCACUCCUGUUUUCAUAAAGUGUGGCCAGUGUAGCGUGCAAAGACAGGAGUUAGAUAGGAAUGUUGCAGAAAUCAUUGGGAAGACACAGGAGAGUGACGUAAGAAGAGACAAAGCAUAACAGGAACAAGCUGUGCAGGACUAGCCGGGUGUUCUGUGGCUCUGUGCUUCCUUCACCUCACCAAGAGGCUGCACCACCACAGCGGCACAGCUCACACGGCCCCAGCACAUUUCCAAGACAAGGAAAUAUUGCAAAGGAUCAUACCUUAAAUCAAGAUUAUGAGACAAAUCUUCAAAAUUGGUUGUCAAACCAAAACACAUUUUCUUCACUUGAGAGAGUUCUCUCUCACUUGUAGACAUGUGGCAGUGCAGCCCCAGAGGACCAUGAAUGAACUAUACAUCAGCAGAAAUACUCAUGGGGUGUUAAGACAUCCUCACCGAACACCUCUACUGAGGAAAAAUAAACAUGCUUACCUUAUUAGUAACUAUAUAGCCCAGCGAGGAAUAAGCAAGUCCAGUAAGCUAGAGAACUCCUCUACCCUGUCUCUGGAAGACGUCAAGGUGCAACAAUACCUGAGGAAACUGAGGGAGGACAACGCGGCGGCACUACAAGGGGAGGGUGACACCAGCGUACAGGUGGCUCACAGUCAGAUGUCCCUCAUGAUGCUGCUUGACCAGGUUGAAAGACUGCAGUCAGACAUAAAGGAAUUGUCUGCCUUGGCUGAGAACAAUGAAGGUGACAAAGAAAUGCAAGAUAUGGUCAGAGAAGAACUGAAGGAGAUUAAGGAGAAGCUUGUUGACCUUCAGGAGGAGGUGGGGUGGGAGCAUCACUGGUGUUGUGUGUUCUCUGCUCUUAUCCCUGAGGAGGUGAUGGAUGGCAGGAAUGUGGUGGUGGAGGUGAGUGCAGGAGUCGGAGGACAGGAGGCAAUGCUUUUCUGCCAAGAGGUGUUCAACAUGUACCUCUCGUAUGCACUACACAGAGGCUGGGAAGAGGAAGUGACUGACUAUGAAGCAACAGACAUUGGUGGACUGAGACAUGGUUCCCUUGUGCUGAGUGGUGACAGUGUGUACAGCAGCCUUAAGUACGAGGGAGGCAUCCACCGCGUCCAGAGAGUGCCCAAGACAGAGAAGGCCGGCAGAGUACACACAUCCACUGUCUCUGUUGCUGUUUUGCCUCAGCCCACAGAGAUUGAUAUACAGUUGUUAGACAAGGACCUGAAGAUUGAGACCAAGAGGGCCAGUGGGGCUGGUGGGCAACACGUCAACACCACAGACAGUGCUGUGAGAAUAAUUCACGUCCCAACAGGGUUGACAGUGGAGAGCCAGAGUGAGCGGUCACAGCAGCGGAACAAAGACCAGUGCUUGAGGAAGCUCCGAGCUCUCCUGUACCAGCAGCAGCUUGACCAAGACACUCAGAAGUACAACUCAAGUCGGAAGUUGCAGGUUGGAGCAAAGGGACGGUCCGAGAAGAUAAGGACGUACAACUUUCCCCAAGAUCGUGUCACUGAUCACAGACUUGGAGUGUCCAUGCACAACUUGGUGGAGUUCAUGAGUGGCAGCGAACAUUUCCAUGCUCUUGUCAUCCAGCUGGUGAAGGAAGGACAGAGAGAGACCCUUCAGGAGAUCAUUUGUGGCAUGAAGACCUGACCUGUCCACCUCACUGAAGUGUUUGUGCCUCAGCCAUCAUUUCUACCAGCUGCUCCAGCUGUCUCAGUCAUGAAUGUACUUUUCACAAAGUAUUCCACAUCAACUACAGUGUCUUUAUUACAUUCAUAUCUAUUAGGGCUAGGAUGGUGCCUCCUGACAGAGGACUUUGGUAGAUGCCCUUCCUAACCUCAGACCGUGGCCAGGAUUCAAACCUGUGUGCUCAAAGACCCUCUGGCCCCCAAGCCAUGCACAGCUCCACUGUACCACUACAACAGCCUUAAUUGGUGAUACAGAGGAUACAGAUCAGAAAAAAACCAUGGUGAACAAGAUAUUUUUAAAUACUUUAUUAUUUAUUGAUGAACUGAAGGCUUGUGUAUAUAAAUAUACAUCUUAAUAUAUA